CAUUACCAUAGCCUCACUGUUGGCUAUUCUAUGGUUUGUGUGGGGAGAAUGGGUGGACUACAGGCGGGUGGUCACCCGCUGUGACUCUGAAUGAGAACACGGGCGCUUCAGGUCCUAUCGAUCAUAGUCCUGGUCCAACGUUCCAAUAAGCACUUUCUUUUAAUCUGCUUUUACUAAGAUAUGCACCUCAGAUAGAAGUGUAAAAUUAGAGAUUCGUUCCCUAUAUAUCCAGUUACUUUUCCCCCAAGCCUUACAUUUUGUUUCUCUAUUCCCAUUCCUCUGCCUAUUUUGACUAUCAGCUGCCAAUAGGUAUUAACCACGUGAAGCCAUUUCUUCUAGUCCUAUUCACCAGGUGUGAUACACCACUACAAUAUGAGCAACCAGUCUCUUCUGCAGUAUCUCUCUGUUGCCCUCCCGGCUAUUCCUAUUCAAGGUGCUGCCCCAUCGCGAAAUACAACAAACCCCCGCUAUAGUGCGAGAGACAUCACCCAGGUCGUCGAUUGGCCAGAGUUCAAUUAUGCUACAAUCAUUCAACGAUACGGCGGCAUUUUGAACUCAAAGCAGAUCGUUUCCGAUCCUUUUAGGUCGCCUCCUGCCGCUAUCAGAGAUGAACCUCAUUUCCACCUUCGAUUUGCCGAGCUGCUUCAACCACGUGUUAGGCGCGCACUUCGAGCCGGGUUCGAGGAACUAGCACCCCAGCUCCAGCAACUGAACCUUGUGCCGAUCACAUUUGACGGCGGAGGCUCUGCAGCAUACGUCGACCAGUUUCGACCAGACACUGCAUUCGUCGUCAUGGGGGGGACCUACGCCGACAGCACGAACCGAGCCCCAGGAGACAUGAAGGUCUCGUGGAAAUGGCGUUCUGACUACCGGUAUUCGCAGAACGCCUUCUUUCACGAACAGUACAAGCAGGCCCUGGCGCAGGUGAAUUUCUAUAUGCGCCAACACAAAGCGCGCCAUGGAUUUGUGCUUACUAACACCGAGCUUGUUGGGGUCAAACGUCUCGAUACAAACGGCCAUUUAGCUGUCUCUUCGGCGAUCCCCUGGACGGCUGGGGGCCAUGGCCAGCUUACUGUGCUAAUGGGAAUGUGGUAUCUAGGGAUGCUUGCAGCCGAAGAAACCAACUGGACCCUGUAACCCAGCUGCCUGUUUCUCGUCUCCUAGACCAUAGUCAAUAUCAAUUUGGAGGUUUCACCUAACCUCCCUUAGUGUCUGCUUUUUGGUGUUAUUCGCGAAACAAACGUUUAUAUAUAUAUAUAUAUAUAUGAAGUAGUGCGUGGGUGAGCGAC